AGAGUACCGAAGAAAGUCAAACUCCCAAAUACGAGCGCGAGAAGGAAAGAGAAAAGCAAAGCAGAGGACCAUCCACCCUACAGCACUACACCUCUGCGGACAUCGGUGGUUCAGCAAAGAAGCUCUGCAACCCUGUGUAUUCUCCAGCUGAAACCCGUACCUGUGAGAAGAGCUUGCGGUGGAUGUAACAGUAGCAAUGUGUAGAGGAACCGUGAAAGAGUCGCACGGAUGUCAGCUCAACUUUAUUCUGCUCAUCGGGCUGCUCAUAGCCAACAGCGAUGCAGAGAUUCUCUCAGACCCAAACGUGGUGGCCUCAUCGAACUGGAACAUGUCCAGCGGAGCUGAAAGAGGUCACUUUUUAAGACUGGAUGCACCAAUGAAUAACAUCACUACCUCCCUCGGUCAGACCGCUGAGUUACAUUGCCACGUUUCAGGGAACCCACCGCCCAAUGUACGCUGGCUAAAAAACGAUGCCCCCGUGGUCCAGGAACCGCGCCGUAUCUCUUACAGGCCGACUUCGUACGGCUCACGACUGAGAAUUCGGAACCUGGACACCACAGACACAGGCUACUUUCAAUGCGUGGCUACCAGCACUUAUGGCACGGUAUCCACCACAGGAAUUCUGUUCGUCAAAUUUGAUCCAGCUCCCACCCCUCUGCCUGGAAGGCCCCCAAUAUAUGAAGUGGAUGAGGAUGGUUUCUGUCAGCCUUACAGAGGCAUCGCUUGUGCCCGCUUCAUUGGAAACAGGAGUAUCUUCGUGGACUCUCUGCAGAUGCAGGGCGAGAUCGAGACCCAAAUCACAGCGGCGUUUACUAUGAUCGGCACCUCCAAUCACCUGUCGGAUCGCUGCUCCCAGUUCGCCAUCCCGUCCCUUUGCCACUUCGCCUUCCCCACGUGUGACCGCAGCUCCGGCAUAGACAAACCUCGGGACUUGUGCAAGGAUGAAUGCGAGAUUCUGGAGAACGACCUGUGCAAGACAGAGUACAUCAUCGCACGAUCCAACCCCCUUAUUCUCAAACGUCUCAAACUGCCUAACUGUGAAGACCUGGCCGCUUCAGACAGCCCUGCAGCUGCAAACUGCAUGAGAAUAGGCAUCCCGAUGGCUGAGACCAUAAUCAAAAGCCACAAAUGUUACAACAACAGCGGUUCAGACUACCGCGGCACAGCUAGCGUGACGAAAUCAAGUCGACAGUGUCAGCCGUGGAAUUCCCAGUAUCCCCACAGUCAUACCUUCCUGGCCAUGCGUUACCCUGAGCUCAACGGGGGACAUUCCUACUGUCGUAACCCCGGCAACAAGCACGACGCUCCCUGGUGCUUCACCCUGGAUGAAGGUGUUCGGAUGGAAGUCUGUGACAUUCCUCCAUGCGACUUGCCAAAGCACGGCAGCAGCAGCAGUAUGGGGAUUCUGUACAUCCUCGUGCCGAGUGUGGCUAUACCGCUCUCUAUCGCCCUGCUGUUCUUUUUCAUCUGCGUGUGCCGGAACAACCAGAAAGCUUCACGUCCGCCAGCUCCACGACAGCCCAAACCGGUACGCGGGCAGAACGUGGAGAUGUCCAUGCUGACCGCCUACAAACCAAAGAGCAAAGCUAAAGAGCUUCCUCUCUCCGCUGUACGCUUCAUGGAGGAGUUGGGUGAGAGUGCGUUUGGGAAGAUCUACAAGGGUCAUCUGUACCUGCCGGGCAUGGAGCAUGCUCAGCUUGUGGCUAUUAAGACCCUCAAAGACGUCUCCAGCGCACAGUGGGGAGACUUCCAGCAGGAGGCGUCAGUCCUGGCUGAACUUCACCAUCCCAAUGUGGUUUGCCUGCUGGGCGUGGUGACGCAGGAGCAGCCCGUCUGCUUGCUCUUCGAGUUCCUGGCCCAGGGAGACCUCCACGAGUUCCUCAUCAUGCGCUCGCCCCAUUCAGACGUGGGCUGCAGUAGCGACGAAGACGGCACCGUGAAGUCCAGUCUGGACCACGGAGACUUCCUGCACAUGGCCAUUCAGGUCGCAGCCGGGAUGGAAUAUCUAGCGAGCCAUUUCUACGUCCACAAGGACCUCGCAGCCAGAAACAUCUUGGUUGGCGAACAGCUUCACGUUAAGAUUUCCGAUCUGGGAUUGUCGAGGGAGAUCUACGUUUCGGAUUAUUACAGGGUGCAGCCAAAAACGUCGCUUCCCAUUCGCUGGAUGCCACCCGAGGCUAUUGUGUAUGGGAAGUUCAGCACAGAUUCUGACAUUUGGGCGUUCGGUGUGGUGCUGUGGGAGAUCUUCAGUUUCGGUCUCCAGCCGUUUUACGGUUUCAGCAACCAGGAGGUGAUGGAGAUGGUGAGAAAGCGACAGCAGCUGCCCUGCCCGGAGGACUGCCCGCCUCGCAUGUACGCGCUGAUGACCGAGUGCUGGCAGGAGGGCCCCGCUCGCCGGCCGAGAUUUAAAGACAUCCACUCCCGCCUGCGUGCCUGGGAGGGCCUGUCGUCCCACGCCAGCUCCAGCACUCCGUCUGGAGGGAACGCCACUACUCAAACUACCUCUCUGAGCGCCAGCCCCGUCAGCAACCUCAGCACCCCGCGCUACGCCGGGUAUAUCUAUGGAGCACCGCAGGGUAUCCCACCCGGACAGAUCGCAGGCUUUAUGGCAGCACCCAUGUCACAGAACCAGCGGUUUAUUCCUGUUAACGGAUACCCCAUCCCGCCGGGCUACGCCGCCUUCCCUACCGCUCACUUCGCACCUCAAGCCCCGCCCCAGGUGGUGCAGCACUGCCCGCCGCCCAAGAGCCGCUCGCCCAGCAGCGCCAGCGGCUCCACUAGCACGGGUCACGUGACUAGCGUGCCUUCCACAGGCUCCAAUCAUGAUGCCAACACACCUUUGCUCUCUCACUGCGUCACGCUGACGCCCAUGACAGGGGUGCCGGGUGGCACAAUGCAAGUUUUUGGACAUAUGACACAAAAGGGCUUGCAGAUAGACCCGUCGCAAGCGGCUCUGCUCGCUGACACUAACCGACUGUUGUACAGUGAAUCUGUUAUUACUGCCGAUUUUUGAAUAAGUGUUUUAUAUUGAUAAUUAUUGAUAUUUUAAUGUUUUUUUUAGUGUAAAUAUAAAACAGCCUGAAUGAAAUGCGAAAGUUUAUAUUGCGAUGUUGUGUAAAUGUGUUUGAUAGGAAAGGACACUCAUCAUCUCUUGGGUAGGUGAUAUUGAGACGAUGCAAAAACCUGAAAUGUAUUCUCUGUGAAGCUUCGUGCCACUUCUGCAGUGACUUUGCGGCAAAACAGAAUGUGCCUUUGAAUGGAGCCUUUCAACCAAAACUUCAAAAUGAUGCCCUGUUAGGAUUUUCAAUGGACAAUGUCUUUAGUUUCUUAACUGUUUUUUACCUUUUUACUCACUGACGACUUGAAUAACUUUCCUGAAGUCUUCAGAGUAUCCAGUCUUUUUUUCCCAUACAGGAAUCUGAGUUAUGGAAAUGAAUGUAAAACACAUAUAUAAUAUAUAUAUAUAUACACUAGUGUUCAGAAGUUAAGGGUCACUUGCUCACUUUUUCAUUUUUUAUUCAAUGUUUUAGAAUAAUAGUAAUGCUCAUCAAAAUUAUGGAAUAACACAAAUGUGGUUUUGAUAACUAUGUUCUCAAAAAAUAAAAACUGUCAGAUCCUCAGCAUCCUCGCUGUAGUCAUUCUUUGGCUAUAAUAUGCCGAAAUCUUCUCUUGGCAUUUUAUCAUCCAGCUUCUUGAGGUCUCACGCUGAAAUGUUUUUUUAACAAUAUUUACGUUUUUCCUAUCUAAGUAGAACUCUGUUAUUCAAAAGCAUCCGUUUAAAAAAAAGAUGUUAAAAAA